CGUUAUAUAUUGUCAGUUUCAUAAUUGAUCUAGUCUGUGAAGGUUGUGGUUUAAAUAGAUUAAAGUUAAUAAAAUAACAUACUGUUUAUUACGAGUAGAGACUCUUGGGCCGUAGGUCGGUCAAGUGCACAGGCGCUAAUUAUAGAUUUAAGUUGCCGACUGACCGGAGAUAGUAACGGUGACCCCAGAGCUAGUGCUUUCCUCGCUCAACGAAUAAGUAUCGCAAUACAGCGAGGAAAUGCUGGCAGCGUUAUAGAAUGCUGCGCACGUGCUAAUUUGACAAAAUGAAGCAAAGUAAGAAGAAAAUUCGACAAUUAAGUCGUAAAAACUUUUGGAAGAUAAUUGUCUACUCUGUCGUUGGUCUGCUGUUUAUGGUUCUCGCAAGUUUAUCAUGCAUCUGGGAUUCUGCACAUAUAUUGGCCAUUCAUAUGGUAAGACUAUCUAAGGGCUCAAUUAUGUACAACAUUGUGACACAAAAGGAUUAUCCCUGUGCAUAUUAUGAUAUAUAUUUAUUUAACAUUACUAAUGGCGAUGCCUUUCUCUCGGGGAGAGAGAAAAAGCUGAAAGUGGAGGAAGUUGGGCCAUUCCGAUACCAAGAAUUUCGCACUAAUACGAAUAUUGACCUGGAUGUGGAGAAAGGUAUACUGAAAUAUACGCCCAAAAUCGAUAUUAGAUUUAUACCAGAGUUUUCAAUCGCUGAUCCACGGGAUGUAGAACUUCAGAUGCCUGAUAUGGUAAUGUUGGCAGCUGCAUCACGGGCGUCGGUUCACGCAGUUUUCGUUCAAUAUUUUUACAACAUAGCAGUGAAGACUUUGAAGAGGCGGCCAAUUCACACCACUACCGUAGAUAAUGUGUUGUGGGGAACGCACAAUGACGCAAUAAUGCAGGUGGCAAAUACUUUUCUGCCUGGAGAAUUCGAUUUUAACACGUUUGGAAUAUUGCAUAAGAUACAGAAUAGUGGUGAUAAGAAUUUCGUAAUAAACGCUACAGAUGAAGAGAAAUUUAAGAUUAUUAGCUUUAAUGGUGAAAAAGGCUUACCCGUGUUGGGGUAUGGCACCCACAAACAGAGUCGUUGCAACACAUUCAAAGACGCAUAUGAAGGAAUCUCCUAUCCCAUAGACGUUACCAAAGACACGCCUUUACGGUUAUAUCACAAUUCCCUCUGCCGAUUAGUAGAUUUAGAGUAUAAUGGUACGCGGUCCAUGGAUUAUGGACCUGAAGCCUUUGUCUACAAAAUUAGAAGGGAUGCGUUCUCAAAUACGACAGAGACAGAGUGUGUAUGUCAUUUACCGAAAUGCAUAAAUGGGGUUACUGAUUUGGCGCCAUGUUUUUACGGAGCGCCGUCGGGUUUAUCAAACGCACAUUUUUUGUACAGUGAUAUGAAACUCUCAGAGCGACUGGAAGGAAUGAAUCCCGAUGAAGAAAAACACGGAAGUGAAUUUCUUAUCGAUCCGAAACUUGGUGUUCCGCUGGCAACAAAGUUUACCGUCCAAGGCAACUUGAUAAUGGGCGAUGUGAGCUUCAACUCGGAUGUAAAAGUUUUCUCAAAUAUGGUUGUACCUUUGCUGUACUUAAAAAUCGUUCAGCCGGAGAUGCCAGAAUACUUUAAAAGCCUGUUCUGGGUGGUAUACGUACUGGGACCAUACAUCAGAUACGCUUCAAUAAUAAUACUAUAUUCAACGUCUUUCUUGCUGUUAUUUAGCGCUUUUAAAUUGUAUUAUAAUUCGGUAGUGACCACCAUUCAAUUUCCAGCUCAAGAAUUACUAAUAGCAGAGAAUAAUGAAAAAUGCCAUUAACUUGUUAUAUUUUAAGUUAGCUUAAAGUUUUUUUUUUAUAGAACUGGGGCAAACUGGCAGGAGGCUCACCUGAUGUUAAAUGAUACCGCCGCCCAUGGACACUCAAUCCUAGAGGGCUCGAGAGAGCGUUUCAUUUUAAGAAUUGGUACGCUCUUUUCUUGAUGGACCCUAAGUUGUAUUAGUACGGAAAUACUUCAGUACUUCAUAGGAUAGUCGUUCCACAACUGAGAUUUUGAGGCAGUUUUUGCGACGCCCAACAAGUAUGUGGAACCAGCUAUCUACUGAAGUAUU